UUCAAAAAAGAAACCAAGGAAAAGGAUAUCUCUAUUAAUGGGCUCCGCUGGAAACAGCUCUACCCCCCCGCCGCCGCCGCCGCCGCCGCCGCCGGCGGUACUUCACCAGAGCGAAGCGGACGAAGAGGACGAGAACGUGAAGCAACUCCAUGAGUGCUCCACCAUCUACUUAGCCCUUCAGGAAUGCCUAGCCCAGACCAACCGGAAUUGGAAAUCCUGCCAACCAGAGGUUCAAGCUCUGAAAGAAUGUCAUAUGAGGAAAAAAUUGACAAAAGGAAAUGAUUAGUGUGGGAAAAAGCCGACAAUAUUAUUAACAGUCACGCUUUCAGCAUCCAUCCACUCUAACUGAUUUAUAAUGACUUCAUGUCUUUUAAUGUCAAAUGCAAGCUUGUUUGCGAGUGUUCUAUGAUUUCUGAUUUUUAAUGUUGCAAACAACUUCAGUGUACCUAAAUAACAAGGGAAUCAAUGGACACUAUAUUCUAUUAUGAA